AUGAAGCCAGAGAAGUUUGAAGGAGAUCAGGAUACAAUUAGAGCCGAUGUCUGGAUUGAGUUUUCGAAAAUUUUGAAAAGGUAUCGCCUGAAACUUGAUAGCGUAGAUUUGUUUGAAAUUGUUUCAGAAUUUAAGCGGGUUUGUUCCGAAACCAUCAUAGAAGCUGAUAGAGAGGGCUUUUCUCCCGAUAUACUUGAGAAUUGGAUUCUGGAAACGAAGUUUUGGAAUUUGGUUGAAAUGCUCAUUAAAUAUAGGUUUUUUGUGGAUUUCGAAAAGACAAACUCCGAUACUGAUGUCAACCCAUAUAGAACAGACCUUUCCGUGAAGGAGCAAAUCAUAUCUGCUAACUCAAACCUAAAAGAACUGAUGGUUAUAAUAUCAUGGUUGACUCAAAACUUCAAUCUGGACCUAGUUGACAGAGAUCCCUUUUUACCGGACUCGAAAGAUUCAGAAUUGCAAGCGAAUAAAUGGUUCCAUACUCGAAUCGAUAUACAAAGUAAUGAAGACAAACCAACAUUAGUAAGACAAUUGGAUGCUGAUGCCCCACUAAGAGGCAAAGAUAAUAACAGAUUGAAUGAAAAAGAUGUUCAGUACGAUUCUAACUUCUUUGAAAGAGUAUUCAGGUUACUUCUUGAAGGUAAUAUCGAUGAAAUUAGCCAGUUGUGCAAAGAAACAAACAACUGGAGUUUUGCAUUGGUCUUAAGGGGUUUGAAGGAUUUCAUUGACCCAGAACUAAAUGGUUCAUUUUCUCGAGAUGAUGAUGAAGAUAUUGGUGUGAAUUCUCAAGAAACAAAAAGAUGUAUCGGUAUAAAGAACAGAAAAUUAUGGAGAAAGACAGUCUACCAACUUUCCUUGAACGAACAAUUGACUGAUAAAGAACGUGGGGUUUAUGGAUACAUGUGUGGAUCUCAUGAAGUACCGGUUAAGCUGACCAAUUCCUGGGACAGGCAACUACUGAUAUAUUGCAACAAUAUCUUACAGCAUGAUAUGGAAAUUGAACUAGAGAGAGUCACAAGACCACUUACCGGUUCUGCCGAUCUACAACUCCCCCUGCCUCCCAAAAAGCACCGUGAUUUAAACGAUACUCUCAAUGCACUAGCCUCUUCUAACAAUCCAUCAAUAAGAGAGCAAAGUCAGCAUUCCAUAAGAGUUUUGAGUGGUUCAUUGAUAACGAAUAGUAUUGGUGAAUUGCUGAAAAACUCCUCUGACUUACUCAAUGAGAUGAUCACGGGUGGAGAUGAAUCCAAGACUGAAGCUGAUCUUAUUAAAGAGUCGUAUCUGCUAAGAAUUUUGGUCCACUUGGCUAUUUUUAUGAGAAUGUUGGACGAUUCUAUUAUUUCUGGGUCUAAUUUAAACAAUCUCAUAAAAGUUUACAUUGCAAGGUUGUCUUUAUACAAGCAAUAUGACUCGAUACCAGUUUAUAUAUCUUUCAUUUCCACCCAUGCUGAUACAAUAGAGACUUACACCUUUAUUCUAUCUAGCAUGAUCACAGAUAAAGCAGAUAGAUUGAAGCAGUUGAAGGAAAUGCGGGAACUUGAACUUCCUCUAGAAACAAUUGUUAAAAGAACAGUUCAAAGAGUGUUUGAGGCCACCGAGUACCUGUAUUCGAAUCAUACUGAAAUUAUCAUCAGUGCAGAUGUUAGCCACAUUGACUACAAGCUCAUGCAUACAUUUGAUUGGUUCGUCGACGCUGAUAUGAGUUAUGAAGCUCUAGAUGCGAUUAUUGUCUUGAUGAGACGGUUUUUGUUGAACGGAAAAGUUGCAGCACUAGUAGAGCUACAUGAGCACAUUGCCAUCCAGAAAAUUUUGGACGACUACAAGCUGCGAGAUGAAGUAUGGAAGAACCACGGAAGCGACUUGGCGCUGAAUCUAACUACAAUACCUGAGUAUAAGCUUAUGGAGGUUUCCCAAUAUUUGAAGCUGGUUCAAAUUUCAAAACAGUUACAUGAGUACGAAUACCAGGGAACUUUAGAGGAACCUUCCAGAUCCGUUAACUUAAUCAACAGUCUUACCAACAAUCUAAAACAGAUCAUCUUAUCUUUCCUAGAAGGGUUAUACAACCCACCUGCUGAAAGCGAGGUGAGUCCGGAGGAUAAACUUAUGUACCAGGAACUCAGAGAACUUUACAUCCCAAUUUGGAUAGAUACAUUGUUUGAUAUAUUGGUCGAGAAUCGUAAAAUCAGCACAGUUUAUGUCAAAGAGGCUGCCGAUGUCGUCAAUCUUAUUGCCGAUGAAACCAACAAGUUCUAUUACAUGCUUUUGAAGGUCGGAAAGCUAGAACCAUUCCUACAAAAGUUUGCUUUGAUCACCACAGAUAUAUUUGAUGAUUAUGAAGAUGGUAUCUUUGUCUAA